AUGGAGGACCUGAAAGCGGCUACCCACCUUGAGCAUCACCUCGCGGUGCCAGCGCAGUCGCUGGGCGAGAAUACCAUCGGAAUUGACGAUGAAGUCCUUCUGCAAAUGUCCGAGCAAAUCCCGGACUUCGCUAAUCUGGUCGAGAAAGCCCGUCGAGCUUCCAAUUUUGAACAUCACUUAACCAACUGGGAUGCAUUCAAACUCUUUCCGAAAGCGGUUGCUUUCUCUUUCAUCUUGUCCCUUGCCAUUAUCAUGGAAGGAUAUGACACUGCUCUCCUCGGCUCUUUCUACGCCUACCCGACAUUCCAGAAGCGGUUUGGUAUUCCCUCGAAGGAGGGUGGAUAUCAAGUCACAUCAAACUGGCAAACCGGCUUGCAGAAUGGAACCAAUGUCGGCCAGAUCUUGGGCCUUCUUAUUGCCGGUCUCAUCGCGGAUCGUUGGGGCUACAAGAAGACUAUGCUCGGCGCUUUAGUUGCCCUGGUCGGCUUCAUUUUCAUCAUGUUCUUCGCCGCCAAUAUUGGAAUGCUAUUUGCCGGCGAGGUUCUUUGUGGUAUUCCCUGGGGUGCCUUCCAGACCUUGACAACUACCUAUGCUGCCGAGGUUAGCCCCAUCAUCCUUCGUCCGUACCUGACCACUUAUGUGAACCUUUGUUGGGUUACUGGUCAAUUCAUCUCGACUGGAGUCUUGCGAGGUCUAUUGGGUCGCACCGACGAAUGGGGCUGGCGCAUUCCCUAUGCUAUUCAAUGGGUCUGGCCUAUCCCAAUUAUUAUCGGCGUUCUCUUUGCCCCCGAAUCUCCUUGGUGGUUGGUACGUCACGGAAGGACUGAAGAAGCAAAGCGGUCACUCAACCGAUUGGCUAGUCCUGGUGAUUCGGAAUAUGAACCGGAUGAUGCCGUCGCGCUAAUGAUCAUCACCAACACUCACGAGAGGCUGACCCGAGAGGGAGUUACCUACUGGGACUGUCUCAAAGGAGUCAAUCUUCGCCGCACUGAGAUCGUCUGCUGCGUUUGGAUGUGUCAGGUCUUUUGUGGUAUCUGGUACGGCGGCAACAUUGUCUACUUUCUCCAGCAAAUUAGCUUCAGUAACACCCAAGCUUUCGAUUUUGGUCUCGGCGUCAACGCCAUUGGUUGGUGUGGUACCGUCUGCUCUUGGUUUGUGAUGCAAAGAGUGGGCCGCCGAAAGCUGUUUGUUACUGGCCUGGGUAUCAUGUUCACGGUGCUGAUGCUGGUGGGUUUUCUGGGUAUUCCGAGCAAGGUUUCUCCCGGUCUGAGCUAUUCGUCUGCUGCUCUUCUCCUCGUCUUCGUCUUCACCUACGACCUCACUGUCGGUCCCGUCACCUACUGUCUCAUCUCUGAGAUCCCGUCGACUCGUCUUCGAAUCAAGAGCGCAGUUCUCGCCCGUAACUGCUACAACAUCGCUAGCAUCAUUGCCAACUUCCUUAAUCCCCCCAUUCUCAACCCCACUGCGUGGAAUUUGAAGGGCAAGGGAGGUUUCAUCUGGGCACCUCUUUGCCUUAUUUGCUUCGUUUGGUCAUUCUUCCGCCUACCGGAACCCAAGGGGCGCACUGCAAGUGAACUCGAUAUCUUGUUUGAGAAGAAGAUUUCGGCUAGGAAGUUCUCUGAGUUCGAGGUCACCCCGUUCCGCUCCAACAACUUCGAAGUUAUUCCCGACAGUGCUGUUCUUACUGAGAAGCAGUAG